GGGGCUUCCAGUCUCCCAGAUACGCGUUUUUGCUGCGGGUUGGAAAGGCAGGACGCAAAGAAAUCAAAGCUUUAACGCUCCGUGCAGGAGGCCAGCAUCUGCCCAAGAGGUCGCGUCCUGUCUGCAGGAACAGACCCAGUGGGGACCCGGCAGCAGGGUGGAACCCCGGGGUGGGGGGCAGGGCCGCCGAGACCCCAGCCCAGCCCGUACCUGGCCAGGCAGUUCUCCUCGGCGGCGCAUCUCAGGUUGUACAUGGACAUCUUCUGCACGUACGUGGACGCCUGGAUGUAGUAGGGGUCGGGCACCAGGUCCGGGAGACCUAGACGCCAGCAGGCGACAGAAACGCCGCGAACAAACUGACGCCUGGGAAGGUUAAGCAGCAAGGUCCGUUAAAAGUUGGCAGAACUCCACCAUGAAGCCAGGUCUGUCCUGUUAGAAACCACUGUGUCAAAGUCUUGCCUAUGGAGGAGAAAGAAGAUCUUGGAGACAUGAGAUUUCCAACAUUCCAGACCGCUGCCUGCAAGGACCACGCUGUGAGUCACAGUCUCUGGGCCGAGGCACUGGCAACGAUGUGGAACCCCAGGACAGCCAAGCUGGCUAACCUCCUCUCCACGCAGGAGCCCAGAAUGAGCCUGGCCUGAAAUCAGAGCACACGCCGGAGAAAGACUGCUUUGUUCAUGGAAAGAGGAAAGGAGAGGAGGGUUUCCAACGACUUGCAGCAAACUUUCCACCAUUGUAAGGAACCCACCUUCUUUAUCAACCACGCCAUCCCACCCCGUGACUCCCUGGCCAGCCUUUGCCCAGAAACGCCGGGUGCUGAACCUGGUGACAAAGUACAGGCACAGGCCCAGAAAACCCGACCUAGCACUGUGAUCGUGUCCAGACGAUCAGGCAGGAGAAUGAGGGCAGCGGGCCAGCCAAGCCCCCCAGUCAUCCCGGCCCGCAGGCCUGCCUUCCUGGUCUGCUACAUCUGCGGCCGGGAGUUUGGGUCUCACUCCCUUGCCAUUCACGAGCCCCAGUGCCUAGAGAAGUGGCAUGCGGAAAACAGCAAGUUGCCCAAGCACCUGAGGAGGUCAGAACCCUCCAAACCACAGCCCCUGGGCGGCAGCGGCUCCUACAGCCUCCAGGAAGCCAACGAGGCCGCCUUCCAGGGCGCCCAGGCUCAGCUGGUGCCCUGCGAAGUGUGCGGCCGCACCUUCCUGCCCGAUCGUCUUCCUGUUCACCAGCGGAGCUGCAGGCCGAAGGGCGAGGGGCCCAGGGUGCCUUCCUCAGACCUUCCUGGUCUCAAGAAAGCUUCUGGUGCAGGCCCCGCCCGCCCAAGGAUGCUCUUGUGCUACAUCUGUGGUAGGGAGUUCGGUAGCCUGUCACUCCCUAUCCAUGAGCCCAAAUGCCUGGAAAAGUGGAAGAUAGAGAAUGACCGGCUGCCCAGGGAGCUCUGCCAGCCACUCCCACGGAAGCCUGAGCUCCUCCCGUCUGGACUGGCCGGCCACGAGGGGCCGAGUCAGGUGCAGCUUGUGCCCUGCCCAAACUGUUCCCGGACCUUCGCCCCAGACCGCCUCCUGGUACACCUGAGAAGUUGUGCAGCUCAGUCCGGCGGCCCCAAAGCACAGAGCUUGUCCUUAGGGAGUCAAGGUGGCCUCUCUGAGGCCACUGGUGCCAAGCAGCAAGGCAACAAGGCAGCGCCUAGUGUAUCUGAUAAGGAGAUUCCAAGACAAUGAUUCUUGCGCCGGGAAAGUCAGACCAACAGAUGCCGGACAACUUUUCCGAUGAACACAGAAGAAGAAAAAAAAAAACAAAAAACGGCUGCUUUUUCUGCGUAAUAAAAACGCAAACUCUUCUGUGCAGUGUGGGCUUCAGGCUGGUCUCGUAAACACGAUCUGUUUUCCCCAUCUUCUGGCCGUGGCUUUUCUUCCAAUACGUGUGAGGUCUGGAUUCAGGGAGUAAGAGGAUCUGCAUCCCAGGGCCCCAACUCCACUCUCUGCCUCCCGGCCCUGCUUCUCAAUGGCGUGCAGGGGCCUGCGGGGUUCCCCUCGCAGAUGGGGAGGUAGGGAAGGGUGUGUCCUGAGUCUCACCCUUGUUACAACAUGUGCUUCAUGCUCCAAGGCUGGAGCCAGCAGUCUGAGCACAGCCUGUUCUCGCGCGGUCUCGAUGGCACGCAGAGGCUGGCGGGCCUGCCGCGGCACAGGAAGACACCUUCCUGACUCACCCCGGCCUCUGCAGGGGAGAAUGUCCCCUCGGUGACUCCUGCCUUUGGAUGAGGGCAGCGGGAGGCCAUCGAGAGCACGUGGCCUUGUCACAGCUCACCCGGCCCCGCUCUCCGGCCUGAACACCCAUGUGGCAGUGGGAAGGAACCUGCCACGCACUCAUCCUCCCACCGCUUCCAGAGGUGUGCCAACUCCUUGGGGGACCACACGGGCUGCAUUGGAGGAGACAACAUGGUCAUCCAACAUAGGGUCCCUUUAAGCGGCCCGAUUUUAAACAAGCUCAAUCAAAAUGGAGAAAAGGCUGGACUUCAGAGAAGACCUUUGGAAGCGAUGGCUUUCUCCCUUCCCCACCGAAGACGUCUGCCAUUCCAGGGUACCUUUUUCCUUCCAGUUACAGUUCAGUCCCAUCCACCGAUGGAUGCCUUCCCUUCCUGACCUCACGGAAAGUGUGGGCAGAGCUGUGAAUCCCGCGUUUUCCCUAAAGAGCGCUGCCCUCUACAGCACAGGCACCAGACCCUGACCUGCCCGUGGCAGCCGGAGUUGGCCGGCUGUCACGCAUGGGCACUCCAGUAUACGAUUCCGAUGUCUGCUUCGUUUCUUCCCCGUGUGGAUGAGAACUGUUUGCUUCUAGAAUCCCUGGUCUGAUUUCAGAUGGGAAUCACUUGUCUCGCCUGGCGUUCUCAAGGGGCUCGAUCUCGCGGUGAACUCAGGUGAGGGCGACACUUGCAGGACCGUGAUCUCAGUACUUAGGAAGUAACCCUCGCCGGGUGGUGCGUGGGUAACACCGAUGACUUUGCUGGCAGCCUGAGUCGCCCCUUCACGCAGCCAGUUCCACCAGGGAGGGCGGAGUGGAUGCUUGCUCACCUCCAAGGAAUCUGGAGAAGGUAAGGGGAAUAGAGCCUUCUGCGAGGAUUUGAUAGGCGAAGGUGUGACUGCCCCGGGCCUGUCGCCCUCAGUCCUCUCCAUCGCUUGGUGUCUGGAGCAGCCGUGAACUCCAGUUCUUUCUUCUAAAGGAAGCAGAUCCCGGGUGAGCAGUGGCCAGUUGUACAAGCUUUUAAACGUGGUGUUAGCUCUAGGGGCAGUUUUGAUGCCUGAGAAGGAAAACCAUCGAUUAUCCUUUUUAAAUUCUACUGUUGCGUCUACUUAACGAGCUCCUCUGGUGUCCAUCUUACUAAGGGAUUGACAGGUUUGCUAAGGAACGUUUAUAUCAUGAUCGCGGUCAUAUUGCUCCUCAUGAUAAUAGGAAUGGGUAAACUUUACUAUAUUUAUUUAUUUGCUGGCAAAAAUAGUGUCCAACGGGGCCAGUGCUAUGGCACAGUGGGUAAAGCCGCCAUCCCAUUUGGGCACCAGUUUGAGUCCUGGCUGCUCCACUUCCAAUCCAGCUCUCUGCUGUGGUCUGGGAAAGCAUUAGAGGAUGGCCCAAGUCCUUGGGCCCCUGCACCCACGUGGGAGACUGGGAAGAAGCUCCUCGUUCCUGAUUCAGCUGGUGUGGCCAUCUGGGGAGUGAACCAGUGGGUGGAAGACCUCUCUCUCUACCGCUACCUCUCUAUAGC